CAUGACACAGCUGUUAAAAAUGGCCGACGAUGUUGAUGUAAGUUUUGACUCCAAUGAGGAAUUGGAACAGCUCUUUACAGAAGCAUCAGAUUACGUUAAAAGUCUUCAAGGUCUUAGCGAUGAAGAUAAGCUUCUAUUUUACGGACUUUUCAAGCAGGCUAGAGAAGGACCUUGCAAGACAUCUAAACCUGCUUUCUGGGACUUCGUUGGAAAAGCAAAAUGGGAAUCAUGGAAGCUUUUAGGUAACUUGGACAAAGAAACAGCCAUGUCAAGUUAUAUUAAGAAGUUAUUUCUUGUUGAUCCAGAAUGGGACAUCAAAUGUGUUACUUGUGACAAAAAUGCAAUAUCAGCAUCCAGCUAUCAAACCCAAGAUAAACAGGCCAUGGGUCUUGCUGUUAGUACUUUACGCUGUGGAUCCCCUGAAGAAAUCAUAAGUGAUGCCAACAAGACAAUAUUUGACUGGUGCAAGGAGGGCAAUGUAAAAAGAAUGGACCUGAUGCUCUCUGAAGGUCAGGAUAUCAAUGUCAAAGAUGAUCAAGGGAUGGCACUUCUACACUGGGCCUGUGAUCGUGGCCACGAACAUGUCGUCAAUUAUCUUAUAAAAAAUAAAGCUGAUGUCAAUAUUAUUGAUGAAGAAGGACAGACACCUCUUCAUUACGCUGCRACGUGUGAAUUCAUUACAAUUGUUAAACAGCUUCUUGAUGCCAAAGCAGACAGCUCCAUAGCAGACCAAGAUGGCUACCUUCCACCUGAUGCGACAGAUAACAAAGAUAUCAAAAAUCUYUUCCCGAGUUGRCUACAGUGUUUAAACGUAUGAUGURCUUUUUAUAAAGUCAUAAAGGAUUUAUUUUAACUAAUAAUGGAUUUAUUUUACCUCGAACGAACAAAAUUUGUAUUUGACAAAGAUUGUAUGAGUAGAUUUGUAUAUUAUUUCGUUGCAUUUAAUCAUUUGGCCUGCUUUAUAUUUGGAAAUUUUGUAUUAUUUAAGAAUAUAAAAUAAACAACAUUACUCGCUUUC